AUGUCUUCAGUUAAAUGGGUCACAGAGGCGGACGAGUACGAAUGCAAACUCUCCGAAGAGACGCAGAAGAUCGCCAAAGAGGAGCUGAGGGAGGACAACAACGCGAGAGUUCAAGCUUUAGCCUCGAUGCGAGAAUGGAUCAUUCAGAAUCCGAAGAUCAUCAAUUGCCGAUUGGACGCUCGUUUUCUGUUGCGUUUCUUGCGCAGCAAGAAAUUCAGCGUGCUUCAAGCCCAGGAAGCGCUUCAAAGAUACCUCUUGUUGAGACAAUCUUUCGGUAUCGCUUUCAACAAUUUGGAUAUAACUAUUCCAAUGAUGGAAGAUUUGACCGAUCUGGGUUAUCUCUUCGCAAGUCCCAAGAGGGAUUCUAAAGGAAGGAGAGUCAUCAUUGCCAGACCGGGAGUUUUCGAUUUGGAUAAAUUCACGAACGCGGAUAUGUGUCGUAUCCAUGGGGUCGUUUAUGAGACUCUGAUGGAAGACGAAGAGAAUCAGGUGCGCGGUUACGUGCACUUUGCUGAUGGACAAGGCGUGGGUUUCGCCUAUCUUACGUUGUUCACGAUCAAAGAGGCUGUUCGCAUUGUCAAGAACGGAGAGAAAACUUUGCCAAUGAGACACAAAGAAGUGCACGCAGUGAACGCACAUCCAUCAAUGAAAUUCGCUCUGGAUUUCGGAAUGUCCCUCAUUUCCGAGAAGAUCAAACAAAGAAUAAGCUUUUACACGAGCAUCGAAGAUUGCUUGGAGCAAAACAAGGUUGAAAGAGAGACGCUUCCAAAGGAAUACGGAGGAACGAUGCCGAUGGCCGAAAUGAUUCAUCUUUGGAAGCAGGAGCUGAAGGAUUCCCACAAAACGUUGAUCUCUCACGACAGCAUGGAAGUAAACGAAAACUUGUUCAGUCCGCAAGCGAGAGAAGGCGCAGUCUCAGCGCUUAAGAGAAACAUGGUGAAUUGCGGUAACGAGAGAGAUUCGAUCUUCGGAAUCACAGGAAACUUCCGCAAAUUGGAAGUGGAUUAAGUUUAAAUUUCGUUGACUCAUUUAUCAUUACUA